AUGGCGCCGCCGGUACAACAUUCGCCUCCGUGCACACGCGCGGCUAGCGCUGCGAAGAGAACCACCGGCCAACAAGUUGAUGAUCCUGGUGAAGAGACCAACGGAGUAACGUUCUCCGUGCGACCCAAGCAAGGAAGCCAAGAGAUGACUGCGGCAGCAAUCAACGUCGACCUAGGGGUAGCAUGCUCACCGCCCGAACUCGCACCGUCGGUGGAUCCUACUCCAACAAUAAUCUCUCAACGCAUGCAAUCGUUAGUCGUGCAAACACAGAAGGAACCUCCGAAAUUCAAUGGCAGGUCAGAUUGGCUGCGCGAGUUCAAACGCGUGGCGAGCUUCAACGGGCACACCGAAACCCAAAUGCUCGCGAACGCUCCCUUCUGCCUUGUUGGAGAAGCCCUCGAUUGGUUCGACAAUGAAGAUGAUCAGGUCGACCAGUGGGAAAGGCUCGAAACGAAUUUCUGUUACCGCUUCGCUGAUACAACGAAAAUCAGCGAAGAAGCACGUGAGAAACUGAAGAGAUUAAUCUACGAGAGAGGCACAUCAUUUACCGGACAUCUCGAGUCCGUCCUCAAGCUGUGCAGAAAACUCGACUCCAGACUCAGUGAAGACGAGACAAUUCGGAAAGUGAUCCAGACGUUUCCACGAGAUCAGGCUAUGACACUGGUGAGCAAGGCACCAAAAACGAUUGCCGAACUCAGAGCUCACAUGUCAUACCUCGAUCGCACGAUUCCCUUCGUCAAUCAGAGGGACACAGAUACAUCGGCCAUCAACGCGGUCAACCGAUCCGGAACUUCGCGCUCCCGCUCCUCUGAGCGUGGAUAUUCCGUUGGCCAAUUCCGGCCUUCCGAUCCGACGCGAUCUGUCAACCCACCGAAUACCGGAUCACCGGGAAGGAAGACCCCGAUCUACGUUCAACACGCCCAAAGAAUAACAAGUGGACCCUUCUUCUCCGGCAACAGAAGAACUCCUGAUGGAAUACCGUUGUGCAACUGGUGCAACCUCGAAGGACACAUAAUCAAGUACUGCUUGAAACAACAACGUGGCUACCCAGCAGUGAAACCUGUGAGCUCUGCUGACCAAAACCAAUCCCUGAACUCCAAGACCCGUUCGGGAAACUAG